AUGGCAAGAGCUGGACGCAGAGCAGUGAUGCCCAGGGCGCCGGAGGGCCCUGAGAGUCCUCGGCGGGCGCGGCGGCGGCAGCAAGUGCAGCCGCUGGGGAAGCAGCGCACAACCCCGUGGCCCGGGCUUCACAGCAAAGAGAAGAAGAAAGUGAAUUGCAAGCCUAAGAACCAGGACGAACAGGAGAUCCCUUUCCGGCUCCGGGAGAUUAUGAGGAGCCGCCAGGAGAUGAAAAACCCGAUCAGUAACAAGAAAAGGAAGAAAGCGGCCCAGGUGGCCUUCAGGAAGACACUGGAGAAGGAAGCAAGGGGAGUGGAGCCUGACAUCGCCAUCCCGAAGUUCAAGCAGAGAAAGGGGGAGUCCAAUGGAGCCUAUAUCCAGCGCAUGCAGCAGGAGGCCCAGCAUGUGCUGUUCCUCAGCAAGAACCAGGCCACCCGGCAGCCAGAGGUGCAGGCAGCUCCCAAGGAGAAGUCUGAGCAGAAAAAAGCGUACCAGAAGCGGCGACUAGAUAAAGUCCGGCAGAAGAAGGAGGAAAAGGCAGCAGACAGGCUGGAGCAGGAGCUGCUCCAAGACACGGUGAAGUUUGGUGAGGUUGUCCUGCAGCCCCCAGAGCUGACUGCCAGGCCCCGGAGGAACAUAAGCAAGGACCAGCCUGGCAGGAGAUUGCAGAUGCUGGGGAUGCUUCUGAGCCCUGGCGGUGUGUCCCAGCCUCUGGCCGCCUCCCUGGCCCGCCAGCGGAUUGUGGGGAAGGAGAGAGAGCAAGCAGUGCAGGCCUACAGAGCGCUGAAGCGGCAGCGGCAGUGGCUGCAGGGGGAGCGACCCCACCACCCUUCCUGGAAGAAGCCAGAGCCGCAGCUGUGAUGGAGAGAGAGCUGGGGCCUGGUCAUGCUCCUGGGAAACUGGCACCAGGAGCUGCCACCCGUGGGUAGGGGAGAGGCAAGCAGAUCCUUUGCCCUGGCCAUGCUAGCAGUGCAGGCUCAGGCCUCCAGGUGCUUGUUCACACGAUGGGCAUCAGCAAGUCCACAUCUUGCAAGGGGUGGGUGCUCGAUGGAUGAGGGCCCUGUGUCAAAGCUCCGUGUCUUUGUUCUGAACAUCCAUUCUGAGUUGUAGCCCAGGUUUACCUUUGGAGGGCUGGAUCCCAUUACCCCAUUCCUGAACACCAGCUACUGAGACAGCUACUGAGGCUAGCUCGGUGUAAGACAGAGGCCCCCUGGAGGCAGCAGAAUUGAGCGCACAGCACACAUCCGGGAGAGCGAGCCAGGGGCAGGGAGGAUGCCCCAGGGCAGGGCUGCUGGGCACAUCUAGACCACCUGUGAGAGCUUUGCAGGGGACCGUGACUACAGGCCAGUUGUGAGUGGUCCCCUGCCCAGAGGCUGGUUGGGGUGGAACCUGAUGACAGCGCAUAUACCAAGAAGGUGGGAAUUGGGGCUGGGCAGAGUGGCUCACGCCUGGAAUCCCAGCACUUUGGGAGGCCGAGGUGAGUGGAUCACUUGAGGUCAGAUGUGUGAGACUAGUCUGACCAAUAUGGUGAAACCCCGUCUCUAAUAAACAUACAAGAAAAAAACCGGAAAA